UCCAUUCCCAUUCUAUCUCUCUUCCCCUUUUGCUCCAAUCUGUCUCUUUUCUCUCUUUCUCUUCCUUCUCUACGCUCCAAGGAACCCCGGCCCCUCACAUGGCGGACUUCGGCGGCGGCGGCGGUGGUGAUGACUUCUACACCUCCAAAGACCACCAGGAAACAACAUCUUCUGGGAACAAAUAUGGAGGACUCAUGCCAAAGAAAAAGCCUUUAAUUUCAAAGGAUCCUGAGCGUGCUUUCUUUGAUUCAGCUGAUUGGGCAUUAUGCAAGCAAGGAGCUGGAGUGAAUCCGAAAUCAACAGUGGCAAUAGAGACAUUGAGACCAAAGCUUCAGCGAACACCACACCAACAAUUACCUCCAAGAAGACCUGCUUUUACAUCCAGUCGAGAAAACAUUGGAGAGUAGAUUAUUCAUGAGCAAGUUUUCUCGAGAGUGAGGGAAUAUUCUUGUGUUUAUGACAUGUACACAUAAUAAGACUUUGGACUUGAUUUGGGUACUGUUAAUUCUUGGUUUUUAAAUACAAGAGUUUCCUUUAUAAGAUAAAAUGUCCAUAACUUCAUCUCUCUUUAUCUGGACCCUAAUCUCUGAGAAGUUUUAAUAUAUUCCAUCAUCACUC